AUGUACGUAACGGUAGGUACUAACGAUAUAUUAAUUACAAUAAACGACUUUGUUAAUAAGAACUCGUCGACGUACCAGCUGACUGAUAUUAGCAAUAGUAUUAAAAUAAAUGAACUUAUUAAUAAAAUUAAAUUAUUAAAAAAUUAUACAUAUGAGAAUUCAUCAUUGGUGUUAUACUUUGCGAGGGUGGAAUGUAAGCUGGAUGAAAAAUUAUCUACGUAUAAUAAAUCAAAUAGAAAAACCAUAAAAUUAGAAUUAUACUUAUCAUCAUUGAUUACAGUUAAUGUUAGAACGCUACAGUCAUGUGGGUCAGGAACAAGCCGAUGUAUUCCUUUAUGGUCCGCAUGCUUUAGACAAACUAUUAAAAUAAAAAUUGUCGACACGAGUGAAGUCCGAGUGCUGAAGCAAAAAAUUUAUAAUCUAACGGAUGAGUCUGUUUCAAUACCCGUUGAGAAUAUUGUACUGCUCUAUAAAGGCGCACCCCUAAACAACUUCUUAACCCUUAAAGAGUCAGAGCUAGUUGACAAUUGUAGAAUUGAUUAUUUUGUACCAAUAUGUUACAUAUACAAAGAAAAGAAGGAAAAUGAUGAGGAUGACAGUGAUGAAUGUGAAGAGAAUAAGGCGCGUAAUGAACUUCAGGAUAUGACAGGGAAAAAAAUAAACGCGGAAAAAACAAUAAACAUGGAAAAAAAAGAGAUUAAUAAUGAUGCAGUUAAAGGAAGUGAAAAAAAAGAAGUGGGUAAUGAAAAAUUGGAGAGCACUGAGAAAUAA